AUGACAGACAAUAUGCAGAUUGACUCGCCAUCACCUCAAGAGAUUGAUGAAGGUUUAUACUCACGUCAAUUGUAUGUUUUGGGUAAGGAAGCAAUGUUAAAAAUGCAAAAUGCAAAUGUCUUAAUAAUAGGUUUAAAAGGUUUAGGAAUUGAAAUUGCUAAAAAUAUUGCUUUAGCAGGUGUUAAAUCAUUGAGCUUGUAUGACCCAAAUCCAAUUGAAAUCCAAGAUUUAUCUACUCAAUUUUUCUUGAGUGAAGAUCAAAUUGGUCAACCAAGAGAUGAAGUAAGUGCUGUAAAAUUAAGAGAAUUAAAUUCAUAUGUACCUAUUAAUACUGUGAAAAACAUUGAUGAAUCAACUUUAUUAAAAUUCAAAUGUAUUGUGUCGACUAAUAUAACAUUGGAAGAACAAGUGAAAAUCAAUCAAAUUACUCAUGCAAAUGACAUUGGUUAUAUCAAUGCAGACAUUAGGGGGUUAUUUGGUCAAAUAUUUGUUGAUUUUGGUGAACAUUUUACUAUAGUUGAUCAAACAGGAGAAGAGCCAUUAACUGGAAUUGUAUCGGAUAUUGAAAAAAAUGGAACAGUCACAAUGUUGGAUGAAAGUAGACAUGGAUUAGAAGAUGGAGAUUAUGUUAAAUUUUCAGAGGUUGAAGGUAUGCCAAAAUUAAACGACGGAAGUAUUCAUAAAGUAGAAGUAUUAGGACCUUUUGCUUUUAAAAUUAAAAUAGAUGAAAGUUACGGAAUUUAUAAAAAGGGUGGAAUCUAUACUCAAGUCAAAGUUCCAAAAGAAGUUAAAUUUGAUUCAUUAUUAGAUCAAUUACAAAACCCAGAAUAUUUAAUCUCAGAUUUUGCUAAAUUUGAUAAACCUCAACAAUUGCAUAUUGGAUUUCAAGCUUUACAUGCCUUCCAAACAAAGCAUAAUAACAAGUUACCAAGACCCUAUAAUGAAGAAGAUGCCAAUCAAGCUUAUAGAUAUGCUCAAGAAUUGGCUACUUCAAGUAAAUUUGAGGAGGAACUUAAUGAAAAAUAUUUAAAAGAAUUAUUUUAUCAAGCAAGAGGUGAUAUUCCAGGAAUUGUUGCAUUCUAUGGUGGUUUAAUUGCUCAAGAAGUUUUAAAAUGUUGUUCAUCAAAAUUUACACCAAUAAAACAAUGGUUGUAUUUUGAUUCUAUAGAAUCCUUACCUAAUAAUGAAGAAUAUCCAAGAACUGAAGAAACAUGUAAACCACUUGGAUCAAGAUAUGAUGGACAGAUAGCAGUAUUUGGUAAGAAAUUUCAAGAUGCUAUUUCAAAUUUAAAAGUUUUCCUUGUUGGAGCAGGUGCUAUUGGCUGUGAGAUGUUGAAAAAUUGGGCUAUGAUGGGUUUAGGUUCUGGGCCAAAAGGUGAGAUUUUCAUCACUGAUAAUGAUUCUAUUGAAAAAUCCAAUUUAAAUCGUCAAUUUUUAUUCAGGCCUAAAGAUGUUGGUAAAAAUAAAUCAGACUGUGCUGCAGAAGCUGUGGUUGUGAUGAACCCUGCACUAAAAGGUAAAAUUGAUUCAAGAUUAGAUAAAGUUGGUCCAGAUACUCAAGAUAUUUUUGAUGAUAAAUUUUGGAAUAACUUGGAUCUUGUGACUAAUGCUUUGGAUAAUGUAGAAGCUAGACAAUAUGUAGAUGGACGUUGUGUGUUUUUCAAAAAACCAUUAUUAGAAUCAGGAACUUUAGGAACAAAAGGAAAUACUCAAGUAGUUGUACCACGUUUAACUGAAUCUUAUUCAUCAUCACACGAUCCACCAGAAAAAGCAAUCCCAUUAUGUACAUUAAGAUCUUUCCCAAGUAAAAUAGACCAUACAAUUGCAUGGGCAAAAUCUUUAUUUCAAGGUUAUUUUGUUGAAUCACCGGAAAGCGUUAAUUUAUAUUUAAGUCAACCAAAUUAUGUCGAACUGUCAUUAAAACAAAAUCCGGAUAAAGUAGGAACAUUAGAAAACAUAUCAAAAUAUUUAAACCAAAGACCAUAUACUUUUGAAGAUUGUAUAAAAUGGGCAAGAUUAGAAUUUGAAACUAAAUUUAAUCAUGAAAUUAAACAAUUGUUAUACAAUUUCCCACCAGAUGCUAAGAACUCAAAUGGUGAGCCAUUUUGGUCUGGUCCAAAACGUGCACCAAAGCCAUUAGAAUUUGACAUUAACAAUCAAAAUCAUUUAGAUUUUAUCAUUGGUGGUGCUAAUUUAUUAGCUUUUAUUUAUGGAUUGAAAGAACAAAAUAAUUUAGGUGACUAUAGAAAGGUAUUAUCGGAUUUCAAAGUGCCAGAAUUUCAACCAAAAUCGGGAGUCAAAAUUGCUGCAACUGAUGCAGAAGCUGAAGAACAAGCAAAUAAAUUAUCGGGUUCAAUUGAUGAUGAAGCUGUCAGAAAAAUUGCUGCCACAUUACCUGAACCAAGUACGUUAGCUGGUUAUAGAUUAACCCCAAUAGAAUUUGAAAAAGACGACGACACAAAUCAUCAUAUUGAAUUUAUAGCAGCUGCAUCCAAUUGUAGAGCAUUAAACUAUGGUAUUGAACCAGCAGAUGCCAGCAAAACUAAGUUUAUUGCUGGUAAAAUUAUUCCAGCAAUUGCAACAACUACAGCAUUGGUUACUGGAUUAGUUUGUCUUGAAUUAUACAAAGUUGUUGAUGAUAAACGAGACAUUGAACAAUAUAAAAAUGGUUUUAUAAAUUUAGCUUUACCUUUUAUUGGAUUUUCAGAACCUAUUAAAUCAAAUAAAGCUAAAUAUGGUUCAAAAGAAUUUGAUGAAGUAUGGGAUCAAAUUAUUAUAGAAAAAGAUAUAACUUUACAAGAAUUACUAGAUAAAUUUGCUAAAGAAGAUGAUUUAAGAAUAUCAAUUUUAUCAUAUGAUGUUGUUGUAUUAUAUGCUGAUUUUUUCCCACAAAAGAAAAAACAAGAAAGAUUGGGUUUGAAAAUAUCUGAAUUGAUUAAAUUGGUUAGUAAAAAAGAAAUACCAUCACAUGUACAAUUUUUGGUUUUACAAGCUUGUUGUGAAGACGAAGAGGGAGAGGAUGUAGAUAUUCCACCAAUUAGUAUUAAAUAUAAGUAA